AUGAAUCUGAUUCGCCGCGUCUUUCCAGGCGGCUCGCCGAUGCAGGUGCUUUCCAUCGGUGAGCUGCCGCUCCCGCUAAACUACACCCUGUCCGCCUUCCGCUGGCACAUGGAUUCCCGACCGAGCAGCAAAGCUAUUCUCGUGCACGAUCUAUUCGGCUCGUCCGCGUCGUGGCAGCAGCUGCUCAACGAGGACCUCAGCAGACUGCCACUCUCGCAAUUAUCCCCCACGACACCGCUGGAGUUGUACGCCGUGGAACUAAGAGGGCAUAACCACUCGGUGGGCCUCCCGUGUCCAAGCGAUGGGGACAAGUACACUCUGGCGUCUGCUGCGGAUGUCGUGCUGCAUCAGAAGCAAAUUUUGCGGACGGAUGCAAAGCUAGUGGGUCUUGGCUUUGGUGCCCUUGUUGCGUGUCAGGCCGCGCUGCACGCUCCGCUAUCCAGCUUUGAUUCCUUAACGCUCUUCGUGAAUGGCCCCUCGCAGUUGCACUCGUGCGAUCCCUCCCACUACCACCUCCCCGCCAUUCUGCGGGGCGUCCCGCAGGACGCCCGCUCGCUGGGGGACCUGGAGCAGUACCUCAGGAAAACGGUGCCGAAUGCCGUUGAGCGGGCGUUGAUCUUCGCUGCUGUGGAACAGCGCGACGGUGGGCUGCGGUUUCGCUUCAGCGAGGAGCUGCUGAAGUUGCAUGGACCAUUUAAAGGGACCGCUAACAUCGCCGAGGAUGUCACGUUUGGGAACCCUGUCACAGUUGUUCAGUGCGGCAUGGAGGCGUUUCCACAGGAGGCGAAGGACCGCUUCCUAAAACACUUUCCCCGUGCAACCUUCCUGCAGUUUAAGGGGGAUAGAAGUGCGGGGAUUGCCGGUCUGUAUGCGCAGGGCAGCACCUUUGUUUACAGCUUUCUUGAGUCGCUCGGACUGCUUGGCAAGAUCGAAGCGGACGAGAAGGAGGAAGUGUAG